AUGGCCGAGGCUGCAACAAUCAUUCAGCUGGUUCAAUUUUCCGCCGCCGUUGUCAGCUGCUGUUAUGCGUAUAUUCAAAAGGCCAAGAAUGCGCCGGCUGAAAUCACGGCAAUUAUUGAUGAGCUGACGGCCGUGAGAAACAUCCUCGAGCAGCUGCAGAAGAUCGCUCAGAAUCCGCACGAUGAGCGAUACUCCAUCCUCAAAUCUCUCGGUCGGCCAAAUGGCGCUUUUCCAAGUGCGUUGGACACACUUGCUGAGCUAGAAACCCGCAUUAAGAUUUUGACUGACGCCUCGGGAUUGAGAAAGCGACUGCAGUGGCCACUUGAGUCCCGCGGGGUCGACAAGCUUUUAGAACGAAUUUCUGCUCUGAAAGCAGACUUCUAUCUUGCUCUAGCUGGCGAUAUCAGCACUGGUGUUGAUCGAGUGGAAGAUGCCGUUGAGGAAAUCAGCGGAAAAUUAGACGAUCUAAAAUCUGCUGAAGAGAAGCAAAAGAUCCUCAGCUGGCUGAGCGGACCCGACCCGUCUGUGACGUACAACAAUGCGAGAGCUAAGCGUGAGCCCGGAACAUGCGAAUGGCUUUUGAAAGCGGACGAGUUUCAAAGUUGGUUCACGAGAGGAGGUCAGCUUUUGUGGCUGCACGGCUUUCCAGGAGCUGGAAAGACAUUUCUGAGCACUGCAGUUAUUGAGUACUUGAAAAACCAGCAUUCAAAUACUCCUUGCACGAUAGCAUAUUAUUAUUUCGACUUCCGGAACACUUUAAAUCAAAGCGCCAGUGGCCUGCUUUGUUCGAUCAUCCAACAGAUCUGUCAGCAUAGGAAAUCCACUCCGCCAGCUCUUUCGGAACUCUAUGAGGAGUGUAGAGGUGGUUCACCGAGCAACGAGCAGCUAAUUGAUGUGCUUAAGACCCUCGCAAUCGCCUCGUCUCGGAUAUUCAUGGUUGUCGACGCACUGGACGAAUGCCCCGGUCAAGACACCUCGGAGCGUGAAUACGUGCUUGCACUUCUCGAAGAGCUUAAGAACCUUGGAGCGAAUCAACUAAGUGUCUACGUUGCAAGUCGACCAGAGACAGAUAUCAAGGAAAGAAUGAAGCAGAUCUGUGACAUUGAAGUCGACGUGCAUCUCACGUCCAUCAACAAUGACAUUAGAUUGCACGUUCGGUCGUGUUUGUCGAAGAAAGACGACAAGCUGAACCGGUGGCCUCCGAAUAUCAAGCAGGAAAUCGAAGACAAGUUGAUGGAAAAGGCCGGCGGCAUGUUUCGAUGGGCUGCCUGCCAACUUGCGGAAUUGAGAAAGUGUUUGAAGCCAGCGCAAAUCAGAGCUGAGCUCAACAAGCUUCCCAAGACGCUGGAUGAGACAUAUGCUCGCAUUUUGAGCAACGUUCCAGAAAUGUAUCGAUCGGAACUGCGUGCGGCUCUGAUUUUCCUUGCCUUUUCAGCAAGACCGAUGACUAUCCAAGAGAUUGCUGAAGCUACGUCUAUCAACGUUGCAAAUCAGAGCUUUUCCGUUGAUGAUCGAUUUUGCGACGCAUAUGACCUGCUUGAAAUUUGCUCCAGCCUUGUUUCAUUGACAGAGAUCCCAAAGAACGGUGAUUCACCGUUCCGCAGAGAAGGUGUCUGGUACAGCAACAGCAUCUGGAACGAUCCUACUUGGAAAGUGCUCCAGUUUGCACACUUCUCAGUGAAAGAAUACUUACUCGCAGAGCGGACACAAGGUGUUCUGCCAAAAAUUUCCAUCGUCAACGAGGCUCUAGCUCACGAGUACAUCACAAAGGCAUGCCUGAUAUACUUGCUCGAAUUCAAUGGCGGGAAAAGACUGUUGGAGCGAGACUUCAAGGCUUUCCCUUUGCUAGCCUAUUCAGCUCUUUACUGGUCCAAUCAUUUCAGUUCGAUAAGGGGUGAUGAACGUGAUGACUCCAUAAAGCUCUUGCUACUACGACUCUUCGACCCGAAUAAUCAAAACCACUUGUUGAACCUUCUAAAUCUGUAUGAUCCCCAACAUUGGCGAAACGAGCUCUCCAUGGGGGCUACCAAGCGCUCUACAAAAGACUUUCAACCUCCACUUUAUUAUGCAUCAUAUUACGGGCUUGUACCGGUUGUUAAAGCUCUGAUAGAGACUAUCCAAGAAGACGAAAAUCAAUUAGAAGUUCUCAAUCUGGCUCUUGUUGGCGCUUCUCGUGGUGGUCAACCUGAGGUUAUCGACAUAUUGCUUGCUUCGGGGGCAGACGUUAAAGCAACGAUAUGUGGCGAUUUACUGAAAGACGCAGCGGAAUCGGGGGUUCCAGAUGCAGUGAAGAAGCUGAUUGACGCAGGAGCCCCCGUUAAAGAUGGCGAGUUGUACGAAGGCGAUGCAUUACACACAGCCUGCAUCACCGGUCAAUCAGAGUCCGUUCAGCUUCUUCUUGACCACGGGUUUGAUAUGCAUAAACGUUCCCAACGAUAUGGCACCCCUUUGUCUGCGGCAUUAUUGAAGAACCACCAGGAGACCGUCAAAGUGCUUAUGUGCAAUGGUGCUGAUGUCAACUUUCCUGCAGAAGGAGGAUGGAAUCCACUAGCCGUCGCGGCAGAACAUUCCUGUCCUGAGCUGGUGAGGUUGCUUCUAGAAAAGGGGGCGAAAAUUGCGCCGAUGUCCAAUCCAUUAGCAGAAGCCGCGAAAAGAGGAGACCUCGACGUGGUGAAGCUGUUAUUGAAGCACGGCGCGAACAUCAACGGAUUUACAGAUGACUUCUAUGGAACUGCAUUGAAGGGAGCAAUACAAUCUCGAAACACGGAACUCCUAGACUUUGUGCUUCAGGCAGGAGCUGAUAUUCACCAAAGAGGUGGCGAUGAGAUGUAUCCUGUUGACAUGGCCAUCUUUUCAGGAAACGUCGCUGCCGCAGAGAAGCUUCUCAAUCUAGGAGCUACGUUCGGUCCUCAGGCUCUAGAAGAAGCGCUUGACUUUAGUUUCAAGUAUCAUUUGGUGCCAAUACUGCUUGCCAAAGGUGCAAAUCCAAAUGAAGAGCACGAGAAAUUUGGAUCCAUUCUUCAGUAUGCAAUUGCCAGGUCCGACUUCGAGCAGGUUCGACAUCUAGUCGAAGCUGGUGCAGAUGUCAACGGCUUACAAGGACAGGAAGGUGGCCAGCCUUUGCAGAUGGCUGCGGCAAAGGGUGAUGAAAAGCUUGUGCGGCUCCUUCUUGACCGGGGUGCCUCAGUCAAUCCUGAUCAGCUAUAUGGAGAGUACGGUGAUCCUCUCAGUGCGGCAGUUUGGUGUGGUCAUGACGUUAUAGUUGAUAUUUUACUUGAUGCAGGGGCAGCUCUUGAUCGUUCAGGGGAGAACUACAAUCCUCCUCUACACGGCGCAGCUAAAGGGGGAAAUCUAAAGAUGGUACAGCACUUGAUGAAUAAAGGAGCUCCCGUCAACUUGGUCAGCGGCAGUUUCAGCACUGCAUUGAGAGCAGCUAUAUCGUACGGCCACAUCGAGAUCGUCUCCUUCCUCCUUGAUUGUGGCGCAGAUCUGAACUUUAUGUCGAAGGGUCACCAUUCAACAAAGUUCUUUCAGUAUAGCGACCAAGAUACAAUAUCUGCAUUGGAUACUGCAGUUGCGACUAACGACAUCCUCGUUGUUCAGCUCCUACUUGACAGAGGUCUCAGCAUAAAUGCUUCCGAAGAAGCAGCUGUGAAAUCGCUGAACUUUGCUCUCAGAAUGUCCGGAAUUCACAUGCUUGAGUUUCUUAUUUCGAAAGGGAUAGACGUUGUUAGAUUUGGCGGCAAGGCUUUUGGGUUGGACUGGUGGCCCAACAACUGCCAGAUUUUCGCAAAGACGAAGAUCAUGGUUGCUAGAGGUGCUCAAUUGCCACUGGAUGCGAAAGAUGGAGAGGGCAGGCCAUUUUUGCUUGUCGCACUUGACCGACCGGAUUAUGACCUGUUUGAGUACCUGUUGAACCGUGGUGCGGAUCCAAACGUGACCGAACGCGGCGAUUUGCGUGGAUCGGCCCUUAAUAUCGCAGUCGAGCAGCGGAGAAUUGACAUAAUUGAGAAUCUGCUCGCGAAGGGGGCAGACGUAAAUCUCAGUGCCGGAUACUGGGGUUCGCCAUUUGUCAACGUCAUAGCAAAGGGAGAUGAGGAACUGUACCAACUAUUCCUCGCUCAUGGAGCGGAUGUCAACCCUAAAGUUGAUGAAAAAUCCAUAUCCGCGACGACUUUAGGGACUCCUCUCGAGGUCGCGAUAUCCAAAGGGUACUACGAUAUAGCUCACGACCUCAUAGACCGUGGAGCAGAUGUGCACAAUUCCUUGGCUUACGGUUCACUUCUUGUACCUGCAUUGAAUAGCGUAGGUGUUGGUCAGCCGGCAUUGAUUCGAAGGCUGCUUUCACUUCACGCAGAUGUCAAUGCAUGCGACAGGGAGCGAGAAGGCGAGUCCAGUUUCACGCUCCGGCAAACUCCGCUACAGGCUGCCGUUCGCGCAAAGAACAAUGAUAUGAUUUCUCUACUUAUCGAGCACGGAGCCAACAUCAAUCCUGAAGAGCCGAGCGGAACGUAUGGCUAUCCACUCCAGGCUGCCGCUCACUACGGCUAUGUGGAGCAAAUAAGGUUCUUAAUCGACCGAGGCGCAAGUCUCAAUGCUGUGGGGGGGAAAUUUGGCACAGCACUACAGGCAGCGGCUGCAGAGGGUUCUGACGCCGUGAUCAAGAUGUUGCUCGAUGCUGGAGCGGAUGCGAUGAUCGAAGGUGGUUGCUAUGGAAGUGCUCUACAAGCCGCCAGCUGGCUUGGUGUUUACCGGCAAGUUAAGCUCCUCCUUGAGCUAGGCGUGCCGGUGAACACACAAAGUGGCAAGUACGGCAACCCUCUUGCAGCAGCUGCCAAGAGAGCUAACCGUGAUGUCGUCGAGUUGCUGCUUGCUGCUGGUGCUGAUGUGAACUUAGAGGGCGGCAAGUAUGGGACGCCACUACAAGCAGCGUGCUGCUCCAAGGGCAGCAGCGCCAAAAGGUUUGGAAAAGGUAUCAUCGAGCUGUUCAUUGAGAAAGGUGCGGAUUUGAACCCAAAGGCCAGCGGGAAAUAUGGCUCUCCUAUCCAGGCCGCAGCGUGUCAUAGUAGGUCCUACGUAGACAUCCUCAUCUCCCACGGAGCGAAUCCGAAUGUUCAAGGUGGUAAAUAUGGCAGCGCCAUUGCGGCUGCGCAGGCAACUAAGGCCUUUGACACAGAAAGAUUGCUGGCGAGGCAUUUGGCCUCGAACGGUUGACGAGUGGAGUGUAGGCAUUUGAAGAUCAGGUGAUUUUGCAUAGACCAAGGAGGAACAACCAGCACGUAAACCUCAAGUUUAGUUACUUUCACAUCGAAAAUGCAAGGUUCUCUUCAG